AAAACGUUCAUGCCGAAACGUGUAGUUUGUAAACAAAAAUAAUCACUAGAAAUGGAUUUUCGGGUUUUAGAAUUAUUUAGCGGCAUUGGCGGGAUGCAUUAUGCAUUUAAAUAUGCAGAGCUAGAAGGAGAAAUUGUAGCCGCCAUGGAUGUGAACACCGUAGCUAAUGCUGUUUAUGCGCAUAAUUAUGGCAGUAAUGUCGUUAAAACCAGGAAUAUCCAAAGCCUGAGUGCAAAGGAAGUUGGCAAACUGCGGGCCAACCUGCUGCUGAUGUCUCCGCCCUGUCAGCCCCACACUCGCCAAGGAUUGCAAAGGGACACGGAGGACAAGCGGUCGGACGCACUUACUCACCUUUGUGGGCUCAUUCCGGAGUGCAAGGACCUUGAGUACGUUCUCAUGGAGAACGUGAAGGGAUUCGAGAGCUCACAGGCGCGGAAUCAGUUCAUUGAGGCUCUAGAGAAAGCUGAAUUCCAUUGGCGGGAGUUUAUUCUAACGCCCACGCAAUUCAAUGUUCCCAAUACCCGAUAUCGCUACUAUUGCAUAGCCCGCAAAAAUAAGGAUUUCCCGUUUGCUAGCGGAAAGAUCUGGGAGGAAAUGCCGGGAAGCAAAACAGAGGAGCAGACCCUCUCCGAAAUCUCAGAGAUCGUGGACGAAAAUGUACCUUCCGAUUUUUUAGUGCCCGAUGAUGUUUUGACCAAAAGAGUUCUGGUCAUGGACAUAAUCCAUCCUACGCAAAGUAGAUCUAUGUGCUUUACGAAGGGCUACACCCACUACACCGAAGGCACGGGAUCUGCAUUUACACCGCUCUCGAUGGCGGAAUCCCAUCGGAUCUUUGAGCUGGUCAAGGAGAUCGACGAAAAUAAUAAAGAAACUGUAAAAUCGGAGGAGGUUUUGCAGCAGCGACUGGAUCUCCUGCAUCAAGUGAAACUGCGAUAUUUCACUCCUCGCGAAGUGGCUCGUCUGAUGAGUUUUCCUGAGGAGUUCGAGUUUCCCGCAGAGACAACGAAUCGACAAAAGUAUCGGCUGCUGGGAAAUAGUAUUAAUGUUAAGGUUGUAGGCGAAUUGAUUAAACUGUUGACCUCUAGAUAAUAGCCACAGUAAAGUUUAUUUAAAAUAAAUGUAUA